AUGUUCCAGCUUCACAGAGACAAAGCUCCUGGCCCUGAUGGCUAUAAUGCAUCCUUCUUCCACAAAGCUUGGCACAUAGUUGGAAGAUCUAUCCUCUUUGCAAUUUCAGAAUUUUUCAGGAAUAGAAAGUUACUGUCUGAGGCCAACAGCACCUACAUCUCUCUAGUCCCAAAAUGCCAAAAUCCCUCAUCCAUCCAUGAUUAUAGACCAAUUUCCUGUUGCAACACAGUUUACAAAUGCAUUGCUAAGCUCUUGGCAACUAAGCUGCAGGCCACUCUACCACAUAUAAUUAACCCUUCACAAGCAGCUUUCAACAAAGGGAGGAAAAUCAGUGAUCUAAUACUCUUGGCACAUGAGCUUCUCAGGGGUUAUCACAAGGAUUUUUCACCUGCCAGAUGCGCAAUCAAGAUUGAUCUCAGGAAAGCUUUUGAUUUUGAUGGGAUUUCAUCAUCUAAUGUCUUACACUACUCAACUUUCCACAAAAAUUCAUCCAGCUCAUACAGGCUUGCAUUUCCUCACCCUCUUUCACCAUUGAUAUUAAUGGUGAAUUUCAUGGUUUCUUCAAAGGGAGGAGAGGGCUCAGACAAGGCAGUCCUUGUGUCCACUCAAAUUUACUGGAGUGGAAUUUUCAUUCUCCCAAAGGCUGUUAUUAAUGAACUUAAUAAGAUUUUCAGGUCCUUCCUAUGGUCAGGGCCAGAAAUGAAAGCAAGUGGAGCUAAGGUGAGGUGGAGUAAGGUCUGCAAGCCCAAGGAAUUGGGGGGUUUAGGCAUUCCAAAUCUUGAACUCUCUAAUAAAGCUGGAAUCUUGAGACUCAUAUGGGAGCUGCACUUUGAUAACACUGAUAGGUUAUGGAUCAAAUGGUGUAAAACUCACCUAAUCAGAUCAAGAAAUUUCUGGACUAUAAGGAUUCCAUCUCUAUGCUCAUGGAGCUGGAGGAAAAUUUUACAACUUAGACACCAUGCAAGAAUGUUAAUCAAGCAUAAUAUUGGUAAUGGUAGAGAUACUUACUUCUGGUGGGACAAUUGGGCACCUGGUGGCCCUCUUUGUUCUAGAUUCCUAAUUGCAUUACUCAUAGAUGCUGGAAUAAGUGAGGAUAGCACAGUGGACAAGUUCUUAACUUCCUCAUCAUGGUCCUUCCCACCUUCAUUCAUUGCUGCCGUCCUUGAGCUCCUCCUUCUUCACCAGCCAUGUCUUUCAAGGUCUGAUACAAAGCACUGGACUGCAUCUUCCUCAGGUUAA